AUGAGCGAGUCUCUCCGUAAUGAGAACGCAAAGGCUCCUUUAACCUCUCACGCCUUUACAUCAAAUGCAUCCACUUCAACCACGGAAGGCGAGAAUUAUGGUGAUGAUCGGAACAAGUUGUUUCAUUCUAGAGAUACUUUAACCUCUCCUCUUUCAACCUCGCACUCUUUGCCUUUUGGUUUAUCUGAAUCAGCCAGUGGAUUUUUCAUGUCCACUGAAGAUGAAGAUGGAUUUAGCUAUGAAAUAUCUCGAGUGAUUGAAAAAGAAGUGAUCAAAGAAAUACAAGAUAAAGUACGAUCUCAUAGAAAUGAGGUACAACACGCUGUGCCAUUAACAUUGAUGGAUGUAAUCAAUUGCACAAAAGAAGCAGCAGAAAGUAUCGCGAGAGAUGAUUUUACGGAGUGCUUUCGUCCAAAACCACCAGAACCUUGGAACUGGAAUUUGUUCUUGUUUACCGGCUGGUUAAUAGUACUGUGUGUUCGUUACGUUAUUCUUUUUCCAUUGAGACUUGUAUUCUUUUUAACAGGAACUCUCACUUUCAUAAUAGUGACACUGAUUUUGAUGGCAUUGAGACACUUCGGAGGAAGUAAUUCCAAAUCACAGAAACAAUCCAAUCAAGUCAUUUCAGAUGAAACAUCCAAAGAAGCAUCUGAGCAACAGAAACCAACAAAAAUUGGCACUCUUGAUUGGUUAGUGAGAAAAUCACUUCAAAUCUAUAGCGCUGUUUGGAUACAUGCCAUGUCUGGUGUUAUCAAAAUUCAUGGUGUGCCUCCAGUGAGAAGAAAGAAUCAGAUCUAUGUUGCAAAUCACACCUCUCUCAUUGAUUUUAUUUUAUUAACUUAUUUGUGUGGUGUUGCUACUGUGGGUCAAAAGCACGGAGGUUUUGUUGGAUUUAUGCAAGAUAAAGUUGUGAGCCCAUUGAAGAAUAUUUGGUUUGAAAGAUUUGAAUCAAGAGAUAGAAAGGCAACGUCACAAAGAAUUUUUGAUCACAUUAAUGAUCUUAGUAACCCACCCUUAUUAAUUUUCCCUGAGGGUGUUUGCGUGAAUAACGAAUAUUGUGUCAUGUUCAAGAAGGGAGUUUUUGAAAUUGAAGACGUAGAAAUUUGUCCAAUUGCCAUCAAGUAUAACAAAUCCUAUUCAGAUCCUUAUUGGAGUAGUCGUGACGAGUCUUUCAUUGUUCACAUUUUGCGUAUUAUGAAAUCUUGGUGCUUGGCUGUUGAUGUUUACUUUUUAGAGCCUCAGAAAAAGCUUCCAAAUGAAGAUGCCAUUCAAUUUACAGAAAGAAUCAAACAAAUGAUCGCAAAUAAGGCCAAAUUAAUUAACCUGAAUUGGGAUGGAUACUUAAAGUAUUAUUCUCCCUCUGAAAAAUUAACAGAAGCCAAACAAAGAUUGAAUGCUGAAGUUAUGAAGAGAAGAUUUUUGAUUGGAGUUGAAGGAAUGGUUAGAAAUGGAAGUACACAAUCUCUGGAUGGAAUGAGCAAAUCUACAUCAUUCGAAGAUUUGAACAGAUCGAAUAUCAACAGAAAGUCUGUUAGGUUUGUUGAUAACAGCAAUACUCCUUCAGAGAACAAGGAACAUCAAGAAUAG